AUGCCGGAAGAACAUAUUCGUAAGCCAGACAAGGACUUCUCCAAUGAGGUUGACAAACAGCUUCCAGAAGCUGAGCAGCUUGCACAGACAAAUGUUCAGGGUGCUAUUGAGAAACUUACGGCAUUGGAGAAACAAACAAGACAGGCAUCAGAUCUUGCAUCGACAUCUCGAAUCCUCGUCGCAAUUGUCACCAUUUGCAAAAACGCUAGCGAUUGGAGUUUAUUGAAUGAACAAGUUCUGCUACUAUCGAAGAAACAUGGCCAAAUCAAACAAGCUACAACAAAGAUGGUACAGGUGGUGAUGGAGUUUUUGGAUUCGACGCCAAAUCUCGAAACGAAGCUUACCGUCAUCGAGACUUUACGAACAGUCACGGAGGGGAAAAUCUUCGUCGAAGUUGAGCGUGCCCGCGUCACAAGAAUUCUUUCCAAUAUCAAGAAGGAACAGGGUGAUCUCAAAUCUGCAACAGACAUCUUGUGCGAGUUGCAAGUGGAGACAUUUGGAUCUAUGGAGAGGAGAGAAAAGACAGAAUUCAUCUUGGCACAAGUCGCAUUAUGUAUAGAGAAUAAUGACUGGACACAAGCUGGAAUAUUGAGUCGGAAGAUCAGUACCAAAUAUUUGUCAAGGAAGCCAAAGAAGACUCCAGAUGAAUUAGUAAAGGAAGCAGAGGAUCGAGAGAAGAGAAGAAAGAAGGGAGAGGAUGUUCCAGAGCCAAAGGAGGAUGAUGUUACUGAUCUUAAGUUGACAUACUACGAGCAUCAAAUUACCUUGGCAAAGCAUGAUGACAAGUAUCUUGAUGUCUGCAAGCAUUAUAGACAGGUUCUUGAUACGGAAGCUGUCGAAGAGGACCCUCACAAGCUGCAUUCCGUGUUGCAAAGAAUCAUCUACUAUGUCAUCUUAGCUCCUUACGAUAACGAACAAUCCGAUCUCCUCCACCGCGUACACAAAGACACCCGUAAUAGCCAAGUCUCACUCGAUGCUCAACUCCUCAAGCUAUUCACCAUUCCCGAACUUAUGCGAUGGCCCGAAGUAUCAAAGAUAUUUGGACCACACCUCUGCAGUACUGAUAUUUUCGAUGUUUCACAAGGUCAAUCCGCCGACCUCAAGGCAAACAAACGUUGGGAAGAUUUACGCAAACGUGUCAUUGAACACAACGUUCGAGUUGUUGCCAAAUACUAUACCAGAAUUCAAAUGCCUCGAUUGACUCAACUUCUUGAUUUGACCGAAGACGAGACGGAGAAAUACAUCAGCGAAUUGGUCACUGCUAAGACUGUGUUCGCCAAGAUUGAUAGGCCUGCUCGUAUCGUCAACUUCGCUAAACCAAGAGAUGCGGAUGAUGUCCUUAAUGAGUGGAGCGGAAACAUGAAGAGCUUGUUGGGUUUAUUGGAGACAAUUGAUCAUUUGAUCACUAAGGAGGAAAUGAUGGCUAGAAUUCAACCAACCAAAUCACCAAAGGAUUCAGGAAAGGUCUAG